AGCCAUUUUGGCUCAAGUGGGCUCAAGCUCGAGGCAGGUUCCAUCCAGGACUCAUCGAAGAGAUAAAAGCGAGCAGAGGGCAUGUCUGGGGCGCCGGAGAAGAAGCAGAAGGUCGGGGGCGCCGGCUUGGACUGGGGCGGCCUCUUCUUCUCGCAGCACGACACUUACUGCUUUGUCAAGUACACAUGGAAGGACGGCGAGUGGGACAAAGGAGAAUUGCAGUCCGACUUCCACAUGAAGCUCCACGUGAUGGCAAACGUUUUGCACUACGGCCAGGCUGUUUUCGAAGGGCAGAAGAUCUUUCACUGUAAGGACGGCAAGGUGGUUGUUUUCAACGACAAGGCCAACUACGACAGGCUCAUGCGUGGCUGCUCGCGUCUGGGCAUGCCGGCGAUGCCGCAGGCGAUGUUCCACGAGGCCAUCGACAGGGCCGUCAUCGCGAACCUGGACUUCGUGCCGCCGUACGGCAGCAACGGUGCCCUGUACGCCCGCCCCGUCUUCUUCGGCAGCGGGCCGCAGCUGGGCCUGGGGCCGAGCAACGAGUUCACGUUCGCGGUCGUCGUUGCCCCCGUCGGCUCGUACUACAAGACCGCUGGCCUCACGCCGAUCCCGUGCAAGGUCAUCGACGAGUACGACCGCGCUGCCCCAGCCGGAGUCGGCGCCAUCAAGUGCGCCGGCAACUACGCUGCGGACAUCGUGCCCUCCAAGGAGGCCAAGGCCGCGGGCUUUCCCAUCGGGCUGUACCUGGACGCCAAGGAGCACAAGUACAUCGAGGAGUUCAACACCUCGAACUUCGUCGCCAUUACAGCGGAUGGCAAGUACCUGACCCCAGACUCGCACUCCGUGCUGGGGUCGGUCACGAACAUGUGCCUCGAGCAGCUGGCGAAAGACAUCGGCCUCACCGUGGAGCGGCGCAGGAUCGAUUUCGACGCGGAGGUCAGCACCUUCAAGGAAGUCGGGGCAGUAGGCACGGCUGUGAUCAUCACCCCGAUUGCCACCAUCACGAGGGGCGAGAAGGUGCACACCUUCGGCGCCCCCGAGACCCUGCAGAAGCUCCACGACCUCGUGCGCGCCGUGCAGGUCAAGGACGUGGAAGACAAGCACGGCUGGCUGCGGGAGAUUGCCGUGCCCGCGUAGGGCGCAGGAGCGUAGGGGUAGGACGGGCCGUUGCGCGGCACCCGUUAGGUGCAGAACCUUACAGCGCGGACCACAAGCUCCUGUGUGUCGCUAGGGACUCGAGGGCGCAAACCAAAGAUCUUCCCCAUGGUUUGAAGGGUUGCAAUGUUUUCGCUGCGCCAGGCUGCCGACGCUCUGAGACUGGCCAGGAUGGAUCCCGGAAGGGGUUCCAGGGACACGUUUCGGACGGGGAUUGGCUCGGGGCGGGGCGAGGAGGGUGGCCCAGAGAGGCACCCCGUCU